CUACUGGAGCUAAUUGAACUACUUGUGAUCCAGUACAUUUUUUUAUUCACAAACUUAUCUCUAAUCUUGGAUACUAAAUUGAGUAGAUUAGUGAGAGGUUUGAGAUUAUGAUAAUAUAUUAAUUUUAAUUAAUCACAUGGAAAAUGUGAAAGUAACUAUGAGUGAAAGGUGUGGUUGACAUCAGCAGUUUAUGCAAAAACUUGUGCCAAAUUCAGAGUCAAGGCCUGAUAUUUCUAAAGUUUGAUAUUCAUUAACAUAGACUACUUAGUGUUAGAGUAUUUAAAUUUUUAAUGCAAAUGAUAAUGAUGACUUCAAGUAGUGAUGGAUAUUGAUUCUGCCUCUAACUGUUCUGCUGCUUCUAAACUCACGAAGGAAAGAAAUUCCACUGAAUCAGGCUUCAGUGAAUAUCUUAGUGAAUUGGGAGAAUUGCAAUAUCUAAGAAGCCCACAAAACUACUCUCUCACGAAUAAUUUACUUUUUGAAACAUCAAAAAAUGAUUCUGGGUGUGACAUUCAUUGUGAAGAAUAUAUUGAUGAUCUAUCACAUCAGUUACAAGGUGCCCUAAAAGUGGAUUUGCAGUUUGAAAAUGAGAAUAUAAGAUUGAACCAUCGCAGCAAAUUUGAAGCUUUGUUAAAAACUAAUGGUGAGCUUAGGUCGAAACUUACAAGAGCCAAUGAACAAAUUGACAGAUUAUUGAACAAAUAUUGUAGGAGGGAAAAUUUGAAAUUGGAUACAUUUUUUUUGCAAUUGGAGCAGAAUAACUAUGACUUGAAGUUGCAAAAUUCUAUAUUAGAAAGAAAACUUUUGCAAGCAGAGACUGAAAAAACUGAAGCGGAACUUCAGCUGAAGAAAUUAUACAUAGAUAAAAAUCAGAACAAAACUAUUGUGGACAUGAAAAGUGCGGUUAUUGAAGAGUUGAAGGAAAAAAUAUCAACUCAACAUGUUGAAAUCAUUAGGUUAACAAAAAAUAUGUGUAGUUCCUCACAAUUAAUCAAUGAAGUCAACGUAGAACUGGAACAUACUAGGUGUGCAUUAGAAUGGCAUAAAAACGAAUUGAACUCAUUACAAGCUAAUAAAAAAAGACUCUUGGAUGAGUUGUCGGAUUGUAGAAAGGAGAUGUUUCUACAAAAAGAAUCAAUUUCCAAUCUGAACUUAGAAUUACACAACAUUAAAAACAAUUACGAAUCCCUACAGCUGAAAGCUUUGACAGACAAAGUUGAUUUCUACAAGUCGCAAAAGUUUCAGCAUCCUGUUACUCAUGAGAAUCGGCAGCAAAAAACGAGUGAGGUGCAGAAUGAAGACCCUCUUAUUCUGAAAGAAUAUGAAAGCAACAUUCAAGAUCUCAAAAAUGAAAUUUCCAGGAUCAAUGCAUUCGUCAAAAUACAAACUGAGACCAUGGAAAAAGCUAACAGAGAAAAUUCCGAUCUGGUUUCUUGUUGCAUAAAGCUUCAGAAGUUACUGGAACAAAAAGAAAACAUCAUUGACAGCCUGGAAAUUGAGAUUAAGAGCGCAAAAAUGGAAAUAGAAACGUUUGCAAGCCGAGAACAGCAAGCACUUAAAAACAGGAACGAAUUGAAAAAGGAACUGAUCAAUUUAAAGACAGAACUUGUUAGGAGCAAACAAGAAAAUGAAAUUGUCGUAAGUACUGUAAAGGCAAUAAGGGACCAAGUUUAUACCUUCAAAAUGAAACAUGAUUCUCUAUCAAAGGAGUUAGCUGAUAAAAACAAGCAGAUUUCUUUAUUACAAAGUGAGAAGCAAGACCUGUUCAUGAGGAAUAGCUGGCAAAUCUGCGAAUUAGAGAAAAUAAACGACAGAGAUUUGUUGAUAAGCUCACUGAGAAAGGAAAUUCAAUUGAAAGAGCAAGAGAUUCAGACAUAUUCUCGAAAGAUUGCAGCUUUAGAAGAUGCUAUAGAGAAACAGGGUAUUUCUUUAUCGAAAUUGAUUGACGAUAAGGAUAUGAUCAUCUCGGAAAAUGGAAAAGAAAUCCAGAGGUAUGAAAAUGUUGUUCUUCAAUAUAAGGACCUACUGCUGUGCUCAGAAAAAAAAGUUUAUGACUUACAAAAACGUCAGCAAGGCCAAGUCAAUUCUGAUUCUGGUCGUGAAGUGAGUCGGGAAACAAAGCGGGCAUAUCCAAGUUCUUUGAUUGAAUGCUGUGAAAAUCUAGAUGACGACUUGAAAACGCUGAUGAAAAUCAACUCGCCAGAAAUUCCCGAAAAUGAAAAAGUCGUUGAAGAAACUAACGAUUCAUGUGCGGCUUGCAAUGAACGACAGAAAGUCGUGGUUAAAAUACGUUCUGUAGUGGAAAGAGUUGAGAAACUUGGCGAAAAAGUUGAGGAAUGUCAAAGACUGUUGAGUGAGGUUUCGGCUAUACAGUCUAAGGUUAUGCUUGGGAGUAAUGCAGUGGAGCAAUUGAAGGUUCUACUACAAGUUAAAAAUUUACAAAUGCAGGAAAGACAAAGAAAGUAUGAAAAAAAUAACAGAACUCUUUUAAGAAAAGUGAAUGAACUCAUGCAGGCUCGCGGUUUGUCUGAAAAAAUCAAUAAAAAACUACAAGAAAGAUUUGACCUUUCGAAGGCUGAGAACAAAUCGCUGAGAUUGACAAUUGAAAGUCAUAUUAGUGAGUAUGAGAAAUUGAAACAGUCGACUGUGGAGUUAGAAGCUAGGCUGGAAUAUUGUUCAGCCUGUCAUAAUAAUAGUCCGGACAACAAAGGAACAUUGGACUGUCCAGGAAACAUUGAGUCGAUGAUUUCUAGUGAAAGUCAGUUGCAAGAGAUAAUAAAAAAUGAGAAUAUUUGCAACAAACAAAAGGAGGUUUGCAUUGAAACCUUCCACGAAAUCGAAGAACCUCUCAGAGAUAUGGUUUCUUCAGGUGUAGAUAAUUCAAAGAAUGAAUCUAUCGACUUGAAGUCGCAUAAUACCAAAAAAAAAUUUGAAAAUACUCAUCUAGGCAAUGAAUUAAGGGAUAAAAUGGAAAGUUUGUCCAAUGACAACAAGGUAGUGAGAUUGUUUCUUCAGAAUAAAACUGAAAAUAACAAAUGUUUACAAGAAGAUCUUUCGAAAACACAAACCAGCAAGUGUACAAAAAGUUCCGAUGAUUUCGUGAACGAAUUGAAAAAUCAUAUUGAUGAAAUUCAAAACGAACUAGAUGUCACCAAUAGGGAAAAAUUUUUCUUGCAGCGAAUUUGCAACGACUUGAAGUUGUCUUUGAGAUCACAGUCAAACUACAGUAAAAUUCUCGAGGAAAAGCUGAACCGUUUGUCAGAGAGAAAGAAUGAUUACAGUAGCCUGCCAAAUAUUUGCCCAGGCUUACCAUCUUCGAAAAUGUAUGAUGAUCGAUAUAUUAAAGAAAUGUUGCAAAAUAAGGAACCUGUUCAAGAUAUACAUCUGGCAGAAAUGAGAAACUGUCUCGACAGUCUCAGAAGAGAAAUAUUGACUUUGCAGGAUGAAGUUAGGCAAAACUGCAGUAUUUAGAUUGAUAUUUUGAUA